AUGGGUUUAUUUGUAACACACACAGUGCAAGGAUCAGCACUAGCCCUUCUUGGAUUAUGGCAUGCCAUCAACACCAUCAGAUCUUACCUUGUGAAGGGCCCUGCCAACUUCUGUGUAAGAUUCUGGUACCAGUUUAAUACCCCUCACGCCAGACUCAAACACUUGGAGCUUGUCUCCAUUUUAUUAUUUUCCUUCCUUGCAAUAUUCGGUCAAAUUCUAGACUUCCCUCAUUUCCACUAUGCUUUUAAGCUUGAUAACUUUGAGCAUGCAACUAUGUUCAUACACCUUGCUUUGUUUGCCGGUUUCUCCCUCUCCACUGAGUUGACUGAUUCACUUGACCUCUUUUCUGGCUUUGUUGGGAUACUUGCAUCCUCAGUGUUCAGUCAAGAACUCUUCCUUCUCCAUUUUCACUCCACAGACCAUGUCGGACUUGAAGGCCAUUACCACUGGCUGCUGCAGCUCAUAGUGCUUGUCUCACUAGUAGCAGCUCUGGCUGCAACUAUUUUUCCUAACAAUUUCAAUGCGGCUCUUGUUCUUUCUAUUUCAAUCAUCUUCCAAGGAUGUUGGUUUAUAAACAUGGGCUUUAUGCUAUGGAUUCCAGCUUUUGUCCCUGAAGGGUGUGUAAUGAAUUUUCCCAAGGCAAGUGGCCAUGAUAUCAUUGGAGCAGUUACUUGUGGCUCCAAAGAGGCUGAUUUUAGGGCCAGGGGCUUGGCCAAUUUACAAUUCAGUUGGAUCCUUGCAGCAAUUCUGAUAUGUGUAGGAAUCAUUUGCUUGAAACUUGUCAGAAAAUGUACAAUUACAACAAAUCGGUUGAAAUAUGAGAGAGUUCAAAGUAAAGGUGCAGACUCAGCUUUGGCCAAUGAAGUUUGA